AUGACAAUUUCAGAUAAAUGCAACAUUGGUCAAAACUUUGGUUUGUUUUUCUUUGUGCCAUCAUUUUUAAAUGGAAUACUUUCAGUAUCAAAUUUAAAUAUUUAUAAUAAUGAUUCUAAAGUCUACCAAUUAAUUUAUUUUUUAUUUAUGGUGAUAGCAGUGGUUUUAAUUUUAUUAUUAAAGAAAUCAUGUUGUGAACAAAAUGAAAAUAUUACAGUCUCUGGAACCGAUCCUCAAUCGCUUUUUAAUGCGAUUGCAUAUCCAAUGGGUAUUUGGGCCGAUAAGAAAUUUUUAUAUUUAGCUCCUGCCAUUGCCCUUUUAGGAAUUGUCUCUACACUAUUCCCAUUUGGUUUCUUAACUACAACAAUUAGCGAAUUUGAUUUCUCUCAAAUUAUAUUUGGAGGAAUUAAUUUCUUGGGUGCUGUAGUCUCACUUUUGUUUGGUUUCCUAUUCGACAGAUUUGAAAAGAAAUAUUUAUUAUAUGCAAUCGCUACCGUUGGUGUAAUUGGUGCAGCUUUGAAUAUCGGUUAUGCCCAUACAACAUGUUGUACACAGGGUCAAGUAAAUUUGGCCUAUGCUUCCCUUAUAUUUAACACAAUCACUCAAUAUGGUCUUAAAGUUUUGGUUUUUUCACUUUUAGGUUCAAUUUAUCUUGAUUGUAGAUCAUUAUCUGCAAAUGUUUGCUACCAAUUAUUAUCAACAUUAGCCUUUUUAAUUAUUGAUUUGUUUUUCUCUUAUGUCUCUUCUGUCGCAUGUUUCUACAUUUACUUUUUAAUUUUAAUCCUAGCAUGUAUUGGAAUUUUCAAAUUUUUAUCUUCAAAUGAUGAUCAGGAACAACAAUUAGUUUAG